AUAUGGAUACAUUUUCCCCACUUUCCCUUCUUUCGCUUCUUAUAUUAUUGUUUACUUGUCUUAACCUUUCUGCUGCGCACAACAUAACUCAAAUCAAAAGUGAUGAAUCCAUACUUCUUGCUUUGAAAUCCCACAUCACUUUAGAUCCUUUCAAUAUUUUGAAAAAUAAUUGGACCAGUGGAACCUCGUUUUGCACGUGGAUAGGAGUUACUUGUGAUUCACGUUACAAUAGGGUGACUCAGUUGAAUAUAUCGUACAUGGGUCUUGUCGGAACCCUCCCACGAGAAAUCGGGAAUCUUUCUUUCCUUGUCUCUUUAAAUGCGAGUCACAACUCUUUUCAUGGCCUCAUUCCCCCAUCUAUCUUCAACAUGUCAUUUCUAGAAGUUUUGGCACUAAAGAAUAAUAGUUUGUCUAGUAGUUUACCUCUUGAUAUGUGCAUACACAAUCUGCAUAGACUCAAGUGGCUUCGUAUAUCUUACAACGAGUUGUAUGGGGAAAUACCAUCGAGUUUGGGGCAGUGUUCACAGCUUGAGUAUCUUUCUUUGUUCAACAACACUUUCACUGGAUUUGUGCCGACAGAAAUUGGGAACUUGACCAAGCUUCAAGAGUUGUUCCUUAGUGAAAAUAAGUUGACUGGUCCAAUACCAUCUACUAUUGGAAACCUCUCAAACUUGGUAUACUUAGAUCUUGGUUACAACAAUUUAAAUGGUCCAAUACCAUCUACUAUUGGAAACCUCUCUAAUUUGCAAGACUUACAUCUUAGUUCAAACAAAUUUAGUGGUCCAAUACCAUCCACCAUUGGGAAUCUAUCCAAUUUGUCGUCGCUAUGGAUCUCUUCCAACAAAUUAAAUGGUGAGCUUCCAUUCUCCAUCUGCAACAUGAUAUAA